GAGAUCCCCUGUCGUGCAGGAAACUCUCUCUCUCUCUCUCUCUCUCUCUAUAUAUAUAUAUAUAUGUAUAUGUAUAUAGAAGUGAUAUAUAUACAUGCAAUAGCUAGCCAGCCAAGCUAAAUCAUUGCUCAUUCAGACCUGCGACAAGCUCAUAUCAUCAUCACUAGCUACAUGGCUUCUACCACAGAAAAGCCUGCCGACCCUGAAUAUAGGUCUGAGGCGGCGGCGGCGCCUACUCCUCCUCCGGCGGGCCUGUGGGAUUACUUUCAGGCAGACGUGGCUCUGAGGUUUCUUCUGUUUGCGUCAAGUUUGGUGGCGAUCGUCGUGAUAGUGACGAGCCAGCAAACAGAGCUCGCGCCAGCUCAACCGCUCGGAGGGCCUCCUCUUGUGCCUAAGCCUGCUAAGUUCAAAUACUCUCCUGCCUACAUAUAUUUUGUGACGGCGUUCUCUGUUGCUGGGCUUUAUAGCAUCCUCACCACUCUCGCAUCAAUCUCAGUCAUGUCCAGACCUGACCUCAAACUCAAGUUCCUCCUCCAUUUUAUAUUCUGGGACACACUGAUUCUGGGGAUAGUGGCCUCAGCAACAGGGACAGCAGGGGCAGUGGCAUACUCGAGUUUAAAGGGAAACGACCACUUUAAUUGGAACGAAGUGUGUAAUGUGUACGACAAAUUCUGCAGGCAUCUUGCUGGCUCCUUGGCUGUCGCUUUGUUCGGCAGUGUUGUUGCCGUCUUGCUCGUCUGGCUUUCAGCCACCUCCCUUCACAGUCGAAUUCCCAAGUAGAAUGAUGAUGACGACGAUUGUGUUGUGCUAGACUGCCUGCUUCUUGGAUUCACCAAGUCAUUCAGUGUGUAUCAUAAUAAUAAGUUCAUCAUAAUGUUUGCAUCCAAACACUCUGUUCCCUGGGUGUCCAUUAUUUGUGUAAAUGAUAGUUAUCUAUUCUCGUGUGACCCCUUAUGUAUUUUGCAUUCUAUUUGGGUUGUAAAUGAUUUGUAAUUAUUCUAUCUGUAUCAGAAACAGACUUUGUCAUUUAUAUUUUCCAGAUAGUUCUUUAUCUUGUCA